AUGGUCAAACUUGCUCUUGAACAGCUGUUAAAUAACAGUAAAAACUCCUCAUUUAUACUUAUCAAUGACAGCGUCCAGUUUGGCGCACUUCCGCUAUUGACGGAAUUUACCCGUUGCAGUCUAGCGAACAAUGGCACAGUUGUAGUACUUCUGACCGAGACAUCACCUACUGCGUGGUUACAGCGAUUCACUACAUCAGACACUGGCAGAAUGCAAAUCAUCGAUGCUUUCACGGAUCCUGAGGGUUGGGAUGAACCGACAACCAAUGUGCCCAAUAUCCAUGUUGUACGCGACGUCCGUAACGUUAUGGGUUCACUAUUGUCCACGCUUGCCGAAAAAGUUCAAAAUCAACCUCAAACUCUGAUCCUGAUCGAUUCAUUAACGCCUCUUGCUCAAAUAUCACAAUAUCAGACAUACCAACUUGUGAAAGUACUAGAAUCGCUGACUUCAGACGCUUGUCGCCUGGUCAUCGGUUACCAUGCUGAUAUCUAUUUACCCUCAACAAAUGGCAUCAUGCUGCAAGGAGCAUUGAAUCGCUUAGCAUCCGUAGUUCUCAGUUUGGAAGCGUUGAAAGAGCAUUCGUAUCAUGACACACAGGCGGCGCUCACUGGCUUCGUUAUCCAAGAUGCCUUUUCCUAUAUGAGGCCCACCAACAACGUUAUCUCAAAAGGAGCGCUGGCAAAAAUUGAAUGGCGACGAAAAAGUGGAAAAGUACAAUAUGAAACGAACGGUUUCUUCGUGGAUCUCAACAGUAAUACCCUGAAGAUUGUGCCUGGUAGCCAAUUGACAGGCAAAGAAGUCGAGGAAAAGGAAGAGUCAAUUGAGAGCGAUCUGCCGCAAGGCAUGGCCAACCUAUCCUUCAAUUUAUCAUUAACCGAAGAGCAAAAGAAAGCCAAGGAAAAUCUGGUGCUGCCGUAUAUGAAGGUGCAAAAUGCGGAUGCUUAUUCAAUAGAAGUGGAUCAAACGAAAAAGGCCGAAGGUACUAUUUAUUACGAACCGGAUGCCGCUGAUGAUUUCGAUGAUGAAGAUCCAGAUGAUGAUCUUGAUAUUUAG